AUGUCGAAUCUAUUGAGUGAAGAUAAGUCUCUAUUGCAACAUUCGACACAAAAAUCAGAACCAGCUUAUAUUAAAUUUGAUCAAAUGUCUGAUACAAAAAAUAUACGUUCAAGAUAUAAUAAAUUUAAUACUUCAGCAGAGAUAGCAGCAAAUCCUGCUCAUUAUGUUUUAAGUACUGGUGAUUUUAAUCCUAAUGAGAAAGAAAAUGAUGCUCGUCUUAUUUCUCGAAAUAAACAUGAUACUACACAAAUUAUUUUUAUGGUGUUUACUGCUCUCGCCUAUCUUCUUCAUACAUUGAGAGCUUAUAUACCAGAAACAAUACAAACAAAUUCGCAAUUCUGGUCAUAUCUAGCAAUACGACCUAUUACUCGUGUUUAUACAUCAGAUAUACGACCAAGUAUAGUGAUCGAAAGUUUAUUAUAUCGUUUAGCAGAAAACUGGCAGGCAUUUUGGUUAAUCUAUGUUUUAUCAUACAUUCCAAGACGUACUCAUAUUGGAUUUCUUUAUCGAAAUCCGAAUAUAUUUAAUUCAUUUCUUUGUUUUCUUCUCAUCAGUGCAUUAUCUUUUCAAACACUUAGUCAAUCAUCUCUAUCAGCAGAAAUAUCUUGUGUAUGUUUAAUUCUUAGUUUAUGUCUUCUCGUGGUAACUUGCCGACUUACUGCCGUAAAUUUAUUAAAAUACGAAGAGAAAUAUAAAGCCGCUGGCUUAUCAUUUGAUUUAAUCAUCUUACGUUAUUUCGUUUUAAACAGCCUUUUUCUUUAUACUACAUCAGUUGCCUAUUCAACAACAUGUGCUAUUAUUGAAUAUAUUGGUAUUCAUCUCGACCCAAAUACAGUCUCACCAACAUUUACUAGUAUUUGUACAACAAUAGGCUUAACAAUAAUGCUUUUUCUUCUUUUUAUUUAUUAUCUUCUUGAUCAAUUUGUUUAUAAAGAUGAAUUUCGAUCAAUAUGGACACCUUAUUUAUUUAUUGGGUAUAUUUUUAUUUAUCCACCCUUACGCCAAUUAUCCUUACUUGAUACAGAUGUGAAUUCAAAUAAUUUAAAUUAUUAUUUAUUUUGGAUAUUUUGUACGAUUACAAUAUUAAUGAUUUGUAUACGGUUAUAUCAACAAAUAUCUGUUAAAUGUAAACGAUCGAAAAAGAAAAUACGUAUUAGUUCACAUAUUGAUCAAGUAACUACAUAA